GUUGCAGCUUGCGGUAUCCCAUUUCUAUGUUGAAUCGAAUCCUUUCGUCUAGCUCUGAAGGACCAGUGCAGUCCGAUUCAAAUCAGUUGCCCGGUCCCCUACGAAAAUUCUUGAUCUCUGAACAAAACAAUGCUUCAAAUAUUCCAACGACCUCUUCAUUGGAAAUUGAAUCGCAAGGGAAGCUUUCAACUUGGUUUGCUCUUUCAGAUUCCGACCCUCUAAUGCCUAAUGGUCUUUCAAGACGUCAACGCCUGUUUGGUUUUGUUCUUUGUCUGCUUUCAGCCUCUUUUUGCCUGUGUCUGGCUAUGGUUUUUAUCCCGUUGCUAUCCACCCCCUUCGGCAUGCGAAAUAGCUUCUCUUUUCUUUGGGGACCAUGGAAUCAUCUGAAGGGUUUGUUGGCCCCUCAACGAUUACUGUUCACUACCGUAUUUUUAUCCAGCCUUUUCUUUUCUUUGUACGCGGUAUUGGUAUGGCAAAGCGCUGUCUGCGCCGCUUCCGGUUUACUCAUGCAGAUUUGUUCCGUCUGUUGGCAAGUUAUUGCUUCCAUUCCAGGUGGGCGAGCAGGUAUCGGUGCCCUGGUUCGUAGUGGCGUUUGGACCGUCAAAAAUGUUUCUCGAGGAUUGCCCGUUUGAUUGUCUUUUACUUGGUCACUUGAACUCUCCUGUGAUUUUCCUAUCCUUUUGGCUUUGUGUUUUAUUCAUUCUCAACAACAGGAGCGCAGUAGUGUUCUUCAUUCUUGUACUCACAUUACUUGGAGUUACAAUUGCUAGCGGCAAUUUGACCAUUGCAGUACAGGCGAUACUCUCUGAAAGCAGUUGCUAUUCAAUUCUAAGGGAGUUUUUACAUCUCAUCUACGCCUUGGCUGCCGCCACUUAUUCCUGCGUAUCUGUAAUCAGAAUCAAAUAUU